CCUCUGCGCCCGGCCGUUGCCCAGCCCCGGAGGAGGAGAGGAGCAUGGCGGAGCUGGGCGGGGAGGCCGAGGCCGCGGAGCUGCAGCGCCUGGUGGCGGCCGAGGAGCAGCGGGCCCGAUUCACCGCCCAGGUCCACAACUUCAUGGAAGUCUGCUGGGAUAAAUGCGUUGACAAAACAGGUGCCAAACUGGACUCUAGAACUGAAACUUGCCUGGCCAACUGCGUCAACCGCUUCAUAGACACAACAUUGUCCGUCACCAAUCGCUUUGCACAGAUAGUACAGAAAGGAGGGCAUUGAUGAUGACCCCGUCCCGCACUGCAUGGAGUUUUGCGGAGCCCUCCCUAAUUAACAAAGUUGACACUGACCACCAACAUCAGAAGCUCUACUUGAUGGGAAGGUCUUAUCACGAUUAUGAGACUAUAACUGGCCCUUGCUAGAUGUUGAACGUGGUCAGCGAGAGCAACGUCUGGCCUUCAUGAUGUUUAAUAAAUCACGAAAACCUUCCCAAGCAACUUGAUCUAGUGGAAACUGGUUGCUUUGGUUUCCUUUGUCUGCACGAUGAGAUUUUUCCAGGUGGCAAAUGGCUUGCUUUAAAAUACAAGUGGUUUCAGAGAAUGAAUGGAAAACAUGUUUCACGGGCGAGCCUGAAAGUGAAGGAGGGGCCUGUUGGCUCCCGCGUUGGGUUACUACUCAGUCAUCUGUGUAGCCCCUCCCGAUCUCAAAAUUGGCCAUACCACUCAAAACUGCAAUUUGAAAUUAAAAUUGUUUGUAUUCACAAAAUGUACCACACACAACCAUUCUGAUGUAGCAUGCCAUGUUCUGGCACU